UGCUGCUCCCCCUCCUUCUCCCACCUCUCCUCCAAGCUCGGCCCCUCUCCCUUGCUCCAGCUGGAGCCACAGGUUUAUCUGGAGGCGAGGAGUCUCUGCUCUGUAAGCUGAGCCCCGGGAGGAGGGAUCUGCUGGACCCUGGAGGAGAAAGGGUUUGGCUGCCCUGGAGGAGAGAGAGGCAGAGCCUGGGCACCAUGGCUGGAUUCUCUGCUCUUGGGCUCCUCUCCCUUUGUCAGCUCUUGGCCACAGCAUCAGCUCAGUCCCUUCCUAGAAUUGGACCACAAGGCCCUCCUGGACCUCCAGGACCCCCUGGACCAUCUGGCAAGGACGGCAUUGAUGGAGAGCCAGGCCCUCCUGGUUUGCCAGGCCCACCAGGGCCAAAAGGAGCACCAGGGAAGCCUGGAGCUGCAGGUGAAGCUGGAUUGCCUGGCCUUCCUGGAGUGGAUGGUUUAACAGGAACUGAUGGCCCACCUGGCCCAAAUGGGCCUCCAGGAGACCGUGGUGCAUUAGGACCUGCUGGGCCACCUGGACCAGCUGGCAAAGGACUACCAGGACCUCCAGGACCUCCAGGACCCAGUGGGCUCCCAGGUGGACACGGAUUUCGGGGCCCUUCUGGACCUUUUGGUCUGCCAGGAUUCCCGGGGCCUCCUGGACCACCUGGGCCUCCUGGUCUCCCAGGUGCCCUUCCUGAUGGCGGGGGGGACCUUCAGUGCCCAGCUCUGUGCCCACCAGGUCCCCCAGGCCCCCCAGGAAUGCCAGGCUUCAAGGGACACACUGGUCACAAAGGGGAGCCUGGUGAAGUAGGAAAACAAGGAGAAAAGGGUAACCCUGGCCCCCCUGGCCCUCCAGGAAUUCCCGGUGGUGUUGGCCUGCAGGGCCCAAGAGGACUGAGAGGACUCCCUGGUCCAAUGGGUCCAGCUGGCGACAGAGGUGACAUUGGAUACAGAGGCCCCCCUGGAAUCCCAGGACCUCCAGGGAAAGCUGGAGACCAAGGCAGCAAAGGACCUCAGGGAUUUCGGGGGCCCAAAGGUGACACUGGUAAACCUGGACCAAAAGGAAACCCAGGGGCUCGUGGACUCAUAGGAGAACCUGGAAUGCCUGGCAAGGAUGGGCGGGAUGGAGCUCCUGGACUCGAUGGUGAGAAGGGUGACGCAGCUCCCGUGGGUGCUCCUGGAGAGAAGGGGCCAAAUGGACUUCCUGGUCUGCCUGGAAGAGCAGGUAUUAAAGGCUCAAAGGGUGAACCAGGCAGCCCUGGAGAGAUGGGAGAGGCAGGUCCCUCAGGAGAGCCAGGCAUCCCUGGCGAUGUUGGCAUUCCUGGUGAGAGAGGUCUGCCAGGACCCAGAGGAGCAACUGGACCCCUUGGCCUCCAAGGCCCCAUAGGAGCCCGUGGUGUCCGAGGUUUCCAGGGGCCCAAAGGUGCCAGUGGUGAGCCUGGCCUUCCUGGCCCGACUGGGAUCCGUGGAGAGACAGGUGACAGGGGUCCUCUUGGUGCUCCUGGUCCCAAGGGGAACCAGGGCUUUGCUGGAGCAGAUGGCCUCCCAGGUGACAAAGGAGAGCUGGGUCCCUUUGGACCCCCUGGCCAAAAAGGAGAGCCAGGAAGAAGAGGAGAGCUUGGUCCAAAAGGUGUCCAAGGACCUAACGGGACAGCUGGAGCACCAGGGAUCCCAGGACAUCCAGGACCCAUGGGUCACCAGGGGGAGAGGGGGGUCCCUGGCAUCGCAGGAAAACCUGGACCUCCUGGCAAAGAGGCCAGUGAACAGCAUAUCAGAGAACUCUGUGGGGAAAUGAUAAAUGAGCAAAUUGCACAGUUGGCUGCUAACCUGAGGAAGCCCCUGGCUCCUGGAAUGACAGGACGGCCCGGGCCAGCCGGGCCCCCGGGUCCUCCUGGCACCACGGGAAGUGUUGGGCAUCCUGGUCCUCGAGGGCCCCCUGGAUACAGAGGGCCAACAGGAGAGCUGGGUGAUCCCGGACCCAGAGGUGACACUGGUGAAAAGGGAGAUAAAGGACCUGUCGGCCAAGGCAUCGAUGGGCCUGAUGGUGACCAGGGACUGCAGGGACCACCUGGUGUGCCUGGAAUUACUAAAAAUGGCCGUGAUGGUGCUCAGGGUGAACCCGGGCUGCCAGGGGAUCCUGGGACUCCUGGGACUACUGGGGCUCAGGGAACUCCAGGAAUAUGUGACACGUCGGCUUGCAUGGGAGCUGUCGCAGCAUCAACUUCCAAAAAAUCAUAAACCAACAGUACAAGAAGUGAAGGAAUAUUUAAAUAAACAGUGCAUUGUAAGAAAACAGAAUCCUUCUAGUGCUAAAAGGACAGAUGCCCCUUCUAUUCUAUUAAGUGGAGACUUUGACACAGUUCUAUGAAAAAGAAAGCAUCAGAUGAAAACUUUAAUUAAAAGAUGCUUUAUGACUAUCUUUUCCUCCCCCUAAUUAUUUUCCAGAAUUUUUACUGCUAAACAACCUCACCUUUCCUUCCUCCCUUUGCUCAAGACACCAGCAAGAGGAAGCAUUGCUCCUUUUGACCAUCACCCCCCAUUGUACUAAAGAUCACGACUUUUUGCUAAGAGUUUGAGCCUUUUCCAUUGAAUUCCUUGGUGCUGCUCCCACUGACUUCAGUCCUGCAGGUUUGUGCACU